UACAGGCUCCCCCCUGACUUUACAGAUGAGUGGUAAGGUAUUGUUCGAGAUGUAAGAACGCGAAGGAGCCGAAGUUCCAGAUUGUCUGAUAAAGUUUCCUACGGUGAUCUCUACUCUGAUUUAAAUCAGAAAAUGAUGUCGACUGUAUAUAUCUAUGAUGACUCAUGCAGUAACUCAUAUUCUAGCGGAAAAAUUUGAUCUUUCCUCCAUCGAACCUCAAAGAUCAGCCGACGGAACCCUAUUAAAAGUCGGCUGGACUCUUUGGAUGGGCUCUUUCCUCUGGACGUUCUUAAGAGGGCGUCAUGAAUGGAAGGAGUAGUUCACGAUAUUUCUCGUGUAUUGUUAUCCCUGUCAGCUGAUCAACAGCAAGUAACAUGUGAACCAUUUAGGAGUCCAUCUUUCUCACACUGAAUUACUUUUGCAAACUAGUUAUCAGGGAAGACUGAGCUAAGGAAGUUGUGGAUAAGAUAACAGAGAAACAUUACAUUUAUAUUCGAAUGUGAAGUCAUUGAGAAAAAUGGGAAAUAAAAUCAGUUGUUGCGUCUAUUCGAGUCCUCAAACUGGGCGAAAGGAAUUAGUACGCGAAGGUGGUGGUCGGGGAUUGGAGGAGCACCUACCAGAAGGUGAAAUCAGUGUUAAUAAUUUACAACAUAUUAGCGAACGAGAACCAGAAGAUUGGGAUUCCGAUCCUUCAUUGCAUCCUUGUGCAGGGACUAUCUUUAUGGAACGCUCAAAGCAAUCCAUCGAAAAUGGUAUGGUGAGAAAGAAAAGUCAACACCAAUUAGCUGAUAUAAGGCCUUUAAAAAAGAGUAGUAGUUGUAGUACGAUAUAUUUAGAUGACAGUACCGUAUCACAACCAAAUCUAAAAAAUACUGUUAAAUGUGUUGCCUUAGCUGUUUACUAUCACAUUAAAAAUAGAACUUCACAAAGACAAAUUGACAUAUUCGACGAGAAGCUUCAUCCAUUAACAAGAGAUGGUGUUUCCGAAGAUUAUGACAAGCACAAUCCUGAACACAAACAGAUCUAUAAAUUUGUACGGACUUUAUUCAAUGCAGCUCAGCUGACUGCUGAGUGUGCUAUAAUUACUUUAGUAUAUCUCGAACGGCUGUUGACGUAUGCAGAAAUAGAUAUAACACCUGCUAAUUGGAAACGGAUUGUGCUUGGUGCAAUUUUAUUAGCAUCUAAAGUAUGGGACGAUCAAGCUGUAUGGAACGUGGAUUACUGUCAGAUUCUUAAAGAUAUAACAGUAGAAGACAUGAAUGAGUUGGAGAGGCAGUUUCUAGAAAUGCUGCAAUUUAAUAUAAAUGUUCCUUCGAGUGUGUAUGCCAAAUACUAUUUCGAUCUCCGGACGCUUGCAGAAGCAAAUGAAUUAACAUUCCCCAGUGAGCCCUUAAGUAAGGAAAAAGCUCAAAAGCUUGAAGCAAUGUCUAGAGUAUAUGAAGACAAAGUGACGGCUGAAGCUUUACGCAAUGGUAUAAAAAAAUGGUCUAGUUUAGAUAAUGUAUGCAUAGGUGGACCCAGGCGCAGCAUCGCUAUUUUAUCGUAAGAUAUUUAAAUAGGCGAUUAAAAAUUUGCUUGAUCAUAGAUUGAUAUAUCUAAAUAACAAAGAAAAGUAUAUAGACUAUUGCAGAUAUUAUUAAUAGUAUGCAUAUAUUUUUUUUUAAAGAUUUCAGAUACACUUAUUUAAUGUAAACAAGAACAUGUGUGCAUUAAUUGUAUCUGAUGGAUUGACUGAUUAAGUAAAGCUAAAUCUGUCAUUGACAUGAUAAUCUCUUGAUACGGUAUCUUGAAAUAUAAUCAAGAGUAACCCUUGUAUAUGUACUUAGUAUCUUUGUAGGAGUACAUAUUUGUAAAAAUAUUUUAUACUUGUAUGAUGAUUGUAUGUCCGUAGGAGAAAGUUUAAUGAUUCUGUGCUCGCACAGAGAAAACAUUAACAAAGUCGAACAUAAAUACAUUCAAUAUAGUAGUUUGAAACCUAAAAUGAUUUUUUAUCGUUAGUAUCAAAUUUUCAAACAUAAAAUGUCUCAUCAAACUGCUCUUCCAUAUAUGUUUGACUUCAUUAGGAAUACAAUUAGCUUUCUCCUAUAGACAUGCUAACGUUACAGCAUCAUUGUCAAUUAUCAUGUUACAUAUUCAUAUAUUACUAUAAUGUAACAGCAGUACUGUCGCUAAUUGUGAAUGGUGUAAUAUAUCAUAGUCGGCCACAAUACUGAUUGACCAGAAAAUCAGUCAAAAAUGAUUAUGCAAACAUACAAAUAUUUUUCCUGUUAAUUAAGUUUGUAAUUCAUGUAAAUUGAGAUAUAUGAUCAAUUGCAAGAAUUAUUUUCCGAAUAUGCUGACAUUUUUGGAUUGUUAGCUAUAUUAAUCAUUAAUAAUAAACAAAAUUGGCUUUAGAUGAGUAGCAAGCAUCGUUACAAGCGCAUUUUCUAGGAAUUCAACAUCUAAGAACUUGUUGAACAAGUAGUUCAUUCUAAAAAGUGCACAUUGGAGUCUGCUGACCUUCUUUGCACAUUAGUUAAUAAUUAACGAUUUCAAUAAUUAAUAUAUUAUUAUUUAAUUAUUUUCACUUAAUAGUGAAAUUGAUUUAAUAAUAACUUAUUUGCGUAUGUUUCGGAUACGGUGUUUAUACCUUUUGAUAUGAAAAUAUGAACUUGAAUUUCUUUUUGGUUGUUUUUCUUUUUACAACUGUAACCUAGUGCUUGUAAAAAUUCACGUUUAGGUAAAAAAUGUGUAUUGUACGUUUUAUAUCAAGCUGUAUUGCUUACUGUAAAUUGAUAUGUCCUAAUUUGAUACUUUUCUGCAUAAUUAUUCAUUGAUGUUUUAUAUGUUUUAAUAAUUUGACAUUUAUUAAUGAAAAUGAAAUCUAUUAACAUUGUACGAUUCGAGACUUACUUAAGUUCUUUUCACCUUCAGAAUAUUACUGCUAUGUCUUACCAGAUAAUUAUCACUUUUGCAUUUUAUAACGAUACUGUGAGAAUAGAAUCUUAAAGGAUAAAUGCAAGCAAAAGUAAACAUGUUACAUUUACAUAGGCAUUAGACUGAGAGAAAAGAACACAAUGGACGAGUUAAACAGGUCAUAUAUGACUAAGCCUAAUGCGAAUAUUUUAAACUUUGAUUUGCGUACAAAGUAUCAUUAACCGAACAACAUGUCCUUUGUAAUUAUUACUGCAUUUAAGUAUCAAUGCAUGAGCGAUAGUAUAGAGAGUACAGUGCGUCGCUCGACUAUUUAUUCGAAUAUCUUACGAACUAGGAAUUAUGAAAGAAACUUUCAGCCUUCAGUAUUGUGGCUACAGACGAAAAAGAAGUACCGAUUCCAGUUGUACGAAAAUGUCUGUAUCCACUGCGCUAUUGUACCCUGUCCUAGAGAUACUUGGCGCCACUCCUGCACAUUUGUGCCUAAACAAAAUCAUAAACUCAGAAUACGAGGUACCCGUUUCCUUAAGUUGCGUUCAUUAAUGAAGAUCAAAAGCAUUAUGAAUUCUGUAGCUGUUAAAUAUACGAAGUUAACUUAGGUGCAAUCUUUGCUGCCUACAUUUCCAUUUUUUAUGAAGUUUCCGAUUUAACAGAACGUCGUGCAUAGCUAUUUUUAUAAAUUGAGGUCCACUGUAAAAGGCGACUAGGGUUUUAUUGCGUCCUGUAAAUAACUCGCUGCGCUGAAUUAUAUAUGGUUCUUAAGGUUGUAUAAUACAUUUAAUAUGAUACUAAUAAUGAAACUUUAUAGUAACAACUUCAAGCAUGCGUAUAUAAGCAACAAUUUUUAAUCUUCCAUCCUAUUCUGUACUAUUUCUCAAUUUUGUACGCCACGUUUGUAUUUCAAUAGUGUUGUAAAGGGUAUUCUGCUAUUGGGAUAUAAAUUUGUGAUAUAUGAAAUGUUAUUGUAAUAGUAAUAUUUUCCAUGUUAAUUUCAAAACAUAAUACAGCGUUUCUAUUUAAACUUA